CCGCCCCCGGAACGGAAUCCUCCGGGGAGCCGAGCUGGCUCGCGCGCUUGCAUCCCGCACCAGCCGCCGGCCCUGGGCCCGGCCCGCGUCAGACCGAGCCGCCGCCGCCACAGUAGCAGCAGCACUCGGGAAGCCGGGCCCAGCCGGGGCCGCGGGAGGCGGGGGCGCCCGGGCCCUGGAUGUCCCGCAGCGCGGCGGCCAGCGGUGGACCCAGGAGACCUGGUCAGCAUUUGUCCCCAGCCCCCUGUGGGGCCUCGGGGCCCCCUGAAACCUUCAGGACGGAGUCAGACGGGGCGGGCACCAUGAACAAGUUACGGCAGAGUCUGCGGCGGAGGAAGCCAGCCUAUGUGCCCGAGGCAUCGCGCCCACACCAGUGGCAGGCAGACGAGGAUGCAGUGCGCAAGGGCACAUGCAGCUUCCCUGUCAGGUACCUGGGUCAUGUGGAGGUGGAGGAGUCCCGGGGGAUGCAUGUUUGCGAAGAUGCUGUGAAGAAGCUGAAGGCGAUGGGCCGGAAGUCUGUGAAGUCUGUCCUGUGGGUGUCAGCUGAUGGACUCCGGGUGGUGGACGACAAAACCAAGGACCUUCUUGUAGACCAGACCAUCGAGAAGGUCUCCUUCUGCGCUCCUGACCGCAACCUGGACAAGGCUUUCUCCUACAUAUGCCGUGACGGCACCACGCGACGCUGGAUCUGCCAUUGUUUUCUGGCACUCAAGGACUCCGGUGAGAGGCUGAGCCACGCUGUGGGCUGUGCAUUCGCUGCCUGCCUGGAAAGGAAGCAGCGGCGGGAGAAGGAGUGUGGGGUGACGGCUGCCUUCGACGCCAGUCGCACCAGCUUUGCCCGAGAGGGCUCCUUCCGCCUGUCGGGGGGCGGCAGGCCUGCAGAGCGUGAGGCUGGGGACAAGAAGAAAGCAGAGGCAGCAGCCGCUCCCGCUGUGGCUCCUGGCCCUGCCCAGCCUGGGCAUGUGUCCCCAACACCAGCUACCACAUCCCCUGGUGAGAAGGGGGAGGCAGGCACCCCAGUGGCCGCAGGCACCUCUGCUGCUGCCAUUCCCCGGCGCCACGCACCUCUGGAGCAGCUGGUUCGCCAGGGCUCCUUUCGUGGGUUCCCGGCGCUCAGCCAGAAGAACUCACCUUUCAAACGUCAGCUGAGCCUGCGGUUGAACGAGCUGCCAUCCACCCUGCAGCGCCGUACCGACUUCCAGGUGAAGGGCACAGUGCCUGAGAUGGAGCCUCCUGGUGCCAGUGACAGUGAUGGCAUCAAUGCUCUGUGCACGCAGAUCAGUUCAUCCUUUGCCAGUGCUGGAGUGCCAGCGUCAGGGCCACCACCUGCCACAACAGGAACUUCUGCCUGGGGCGAGCCCUCCGUACCGCCUGCAGCUGCCUUCCAGCCCGGGCACAAGCGGACACCUUCAGAGGCUGAGCGAUGGCUGGAGGAAGUGUCCCAAGUGGCUAAAGCGCAGCAGCAGCAGCAGCAGCAACAACAACAGCAACAGCAGCAGCAGCAGCAAGCAGCCUCUGUGCCACCAAUGCCCACCAUGGCCCCCACUCUUCCACCCUUUUCUGCCCCCGUGGGGCCCUUUGACACUGCAGCUGCCCAGGUGGCUGUGUUCUUGCCACCCACACACAUGCAGCCUCCAUUCAUGCCCGCCUACCCAGGCCUGGGUUAUCCACCCAUGCCCCGCGUGCCAGUGGUGGGCAUCACACCUUCACAGAUGGUGGCCAAUGCCUUCUGCUCAGCUGCCCAGCUCCAGCCCCAACCUGCCACCCUGCUUGGAAAAGCCGGGGCCUUCCCCACACCUGCUGCACCCAGCGCCCCUGGUGGCCAGGCCCGUCCACGCCCCAAUGGGGCGCCUUGGCCCCCAGAGCCAGCGCCUGCCCCAGCCCCUGAGUUGGACCCCUUUGAGGCCCAGUGGGCAGCAUUAGAAGGCAAACCCGCUGUGGAGAAGCCCUCUAACCCUUUCUCUGGUGACUUGCAGAAGACCUUCGAGAUUGAACUGUAGCCCAUGUUGCCCUGCGCCCACUUCACCAGCCCCAGGUGCACCACACUCAGGAGGGGAGGCCCAGCCUCUCCCCUAUUGCUGCUCCCCGGGCUGCGCCCCUCACCACACCCUCUAAGCCCUUCUCUCCGCCACCCCUCACAAACCACUACAGAACCAAUAUUGUGAUGCCUAGGUUGCGCCAAGAUGGAAUUCAGGGAUGGACCCAGCCUGGCUAAGGGAACCAUUUCACUGCUGGACUUAGGCUGGCGAUGCCCCUUCCCCAGCUCCAGAUACGGAAUGCCCUCGGUUCAAGCUACUGUCCCCGGUUUCUGUUGCCCUUCCACCUUUCAGUGUGGGGCAGGAUGGAGGAGGGAUGUCCACUUAGGGGCGCUCCCCGGCCCACCUCAAGCCUGGUCAUCCCCUCCCCGCCCCGUGCACACAGCACAAGCCAAGGGCUUCCCCUCUGCCCACGCUGCGAUCACUGCCAAUGCUGUGCUUGCCCAGUCCCCCUCCCCCAUUCGGGGACCAUGUCUUCCGUAGGGCCGAGGUCUCACGGGGUGGGGCCCGACUGGGGACCCAGGAGAGGGGGAGGGGGGAGGGACAAAGACGCUCAGUUACCUCAUGUCGGUGCCCGCUAAGGAGGGGUCCCAGAAGAGGAGGAAGGGGUGCCUGGCGGGUACUUUUCUAUCUUUUAUUUCCAGAUUUUUUUUGUAUCUAAACUUGCAGAUUUGUAUUAUACAAGGACAGCCAAUAAAGGAAGAAUAUAAUGGUG